UUGUCUUAUGCAAUAACAGAGCAGCGCACACGAGGGCUUUCUCGAAAACGGUCCGGUAACGAUGCAGUUACUCCAUCUCACACUCGACGUGUACUGUGACAUUAUGUCCUAAAUGUGGGAACCAUCUUGUCCCGAGCGAGGCAACGUUCAGAUCCGCACGUAGACUUCACAGUGAGCCCGCGCUGCGUUUUGACGUCAUGUACCACAGUAUCACGCGAGAGGGCGAUCUACACUUAAGUGGAAGUGUACUUUUUUAUUUAUGUAUUUUUUAUUUUUAUUUUGAAACAUCAAGGCAAGUGUUUUUUUGUUUCCCCCCCCCCCCCCUCUUAUUCGCCGCCUCUUUUAUACGUUUAAACUGGCAGAUCCGAUGGAGCAAACAGCGCUCAACAACACUCGCGCCAAUUGGUUCCGGGCGCCGCAGUCGAAGUGACGCAGCCGCGGCGCCAAUCCGCGGGUGGGAUACUGGCACCCGAAGUCUCGGUCUCCCCAGUCGUAGGUCUCUGCACGACCACCGAGUCGGGGGCUGCAGCGUUGCAUGGAAGCGGAGCCCGCGCGACCCGCCGCGGACAUGCUGCCCCCGAAGACCUGUCUUCCCAGGAACUACAGCUGCAUCGCCGGACUCUUCGGCAGCCUGGCUGCGGCGAAUCCUCGUCUGGAAGAUGGCGACGAUUUUGACAUCACGAACGGUACCCGCGAACCCGCCGACAGCCCCGUGGUGGACGAGAGGCCGCGCGGCCGUGAGACCUUCCUCAAGCCCCCGCAGAGCCCCAGCCUGCGCCGGCGAUGCAAGUCUCUGCCCACUCCGACGGAGAGGGCCAAGUUGGAAAUCUCCCGCAGAAGAAGUCCAACAAGUCAGAAAAAGGUGCGCUUCGCAGACUCUCUCGGUCUGGAGCUGAUCUCCGUGAAACACUUCGACGACUCUGACGAGCCGGAGGUGCCGGAGCGCAUUUUGGCCAAGUUACCCAAAUCAGCGGACGCGAACCGCAUGGCCUCUACGAAAUUCCCCCGACCCCCGGCGCAGUCUGUAUUCAUGGAGCUUCAGUUCACCAGCCCGGGAACCUUUGCCGGCUUCGAGCAGAAGGUGCGGGAGGUGAAAGUACUGCUGGAGAGCGUCGAGACGGACGAGUUCAGCCUGUCAGGCUUCGUGCGCGUCUUGAACCUGGCCUUCGAGAAGAGCGUCUCUUUGCGCUACUCCCUCAACAACUGGAUCACCUUUAUGGACAGCUUGGCGUCCUACGUGCCCCACUCGAGCGACGGCGCCACGGAUCGCUUCUCCUUCAAGGUGGUCAUGCCCACCUACAUGGAGAACGGGGGCACGUUGCAGUUCGCCAUCAAAUACACAGUCGACGGCGACGAGUUUUGGGAUAAUAACAACGGGAGUAACUACAAAGUGCGGCGUCACCGGUUCAAGAUGUCCCCACCGAAGGAAUGGGAGAACGGAUGGAUCCACUUUAUUUAACCUCAGCCACACACCGCGUGCGUAAAUUGUGCGUUCGUUGAAACCCCCGGGUACCUUAAAAUGACUAACUUGUACAAAUGGGCGUUUUAAGUGUGUGCAUGGGGGUUAAAUACACGCAGUAUCAAAUAUAUACGUGGCGUGAGCAUUUGAGGUGCCCCGGUGAAGGGUUAAUUUGCCUUGAUGUCAGGGUUCUGCACAGCUCGGUGGCCUUUGGGAGGGCACGUCCACGUUAUGUAACGUGGAAACACGUGAGGUUAAAAUAUACCACCGCUCAUUCAUCUAUUAUGUCAUGCCAUUAAAUGCCUUUGUAAAGCAUGCUAUGGGAAGCAGUGCAUUGAUAGUUUUGAUUUUUCUCACUAAGCGUUACACACUAAGCAUUACAUACAUUUUUCUCACUAAGCAUAAAAUAUUACAUAUUUUGUUGCCAUAGAACUAUUCGCCCCCACCCAAAUAUCUGCAUUUUGGCCAUUCCACUAUGUUCAUAGAGACUAGAUUCUAUCUAAAAAAUAAAUAAAUAAAUUGUGUUGAUAUUGCCUCAACUCAUUCCCUUUUGCAAGUAGUGCAAGAGGACAUCUAGACCAAGAAAUUCGUAUAUUUUGAACAUUGAACAGAUAAGUAUAUUUUUAACAAGUAGCAUAUACUAUUAGUACUUUUUUUUUUCUCCCAACUUCAAAGCUAUUUUUCACUGGUGAUGGUUUUCUUUGCGUUGUCAAAUGAAGAAAGCAAGUAGUUGUCCGUCACUGUUGAGAUGCAGUGCAAUGCUCUCCAAUAUUGUCCAACAACAUUUAUAUCAGAGUUUUCCAAACUUUUCAGCUCACAUUCCAAAGUAGGAAUAUGGCUCCCCCUUGUACCCGAGUUUACUCAAAUCUAUCCCUUGACAAAACAUUGAUUGAUAGACUCGACGCAAAUUCAUGACAAAGAAUGUUAAUUUACUCCAAGAAAAGAUGAAUAGCAACUUUGAAAUUGGAGAAAUUGGCUGACUGGUUUAUCAAUAAAGAAAAAAAAUCACUUGCGGCAUUUAAACUAUGGCUGACCCCCAUAAAAAUGUACUUCUAACCGAAUAUAUUUUGUGUCCCAACCAGAAAAUUUGGCAAACCCUGCUUUUUUUUUUAAUUUAUUUUUUAUUUUUUUAUAAAUAAACAGGAGAUUUGUAUUCACUUGAGUUGUCUUCCAAAUUCCACUUCUUCAGCUUUGCUCUCAUUUAUAUUGUUUUCAGUCUUGCUCACAUUUGGUGUGUCGUCGUGUGCGAUGCUAUCAUAGUUGUCUGUAAGUACAAGUCAGCACUUUUUAAAUUCUCUGUCUCUGAUCUGAACAUUUCUUUGUUUACAUUACAGCAGUCUCAGAGGGGAUCUCUUCAUUUACUGAUGCAAUCUGGUUGAUGUGGACAUAAAAAGUUUUCCAGUAAGCACUUAGCUUUUGGAGCACUUCCACUGUGAAGCGCCCAAUCCAUUUUUGAAAAAAAAAAAAAAAAAAAAAAAAAAAAAAAGCUUCCUGGUUCAAUAUUGGACUGCUAAAAUGAGAGCUAAGCAUUCUGGGACAACGUUUGCCUACGUAGCACUGUCAUGCACUGUAUGUUAUUAAAAUGUGAUGUGGAUGUGCAAAGUUUUUGUUCUUUUUGUUAAAAGUGUAUUUGCACAUUGUUCAUGUUUGUCGAGCCCGCCCAAGCAUCCAUACAAAGUAGCAGAAUUCAGAACGUAAGAAAUGCAUCAAUAUCAGUUUUAACAACACAGGUAGUAAACCAAAUUUAGAUAGCAACUCUUUCUACAGUUCAUAUUUGACUGUUUAUUUGGCGAUACUAAGACAUUGUUUCAACAUGCUAGCCAGCUCUUAUUGGUGAAUCCCGAAUGAAGGGCUGUUGUCUGAAUCAGAUAUUCAUUUUAACUGCUUAUAUUAUGCUUCUCAUCCGAGCGCACUCAUAUAUGUAUAUAAAUAUGUACUGUAUUGUCAAUGUCUCAUACUGAAUGUCUUCAUAUUACUGUUUGCAAUGCGUGUACGAAGCAUCUUAAAAGCAGAUUAUAGAGAUGCAAUUGGUUCAGUUUUGUCCUGUGAAGUUUCAAUACAAAAACCCAACUUGAAAGCACACUAGUAGACCUUGAAAUUAUUAAUGGGAAAACAUGAAUUGACAAAAUUUGAAAUUCACAAUGUAAUUGAACUGGGAUCUUUUGCACCAUUCCGAGAGUGCGCCACCUUACUGUUGUAAGAGUUUACUAAGAAGAGAUGGAACCUUGUAAGUGCUUGUGGGGGGAAAUGUGAUUGCAGAGGGUUGGAAAUAUGUCCAGUGACACUCGCCAAAUGGACUUUGGUCUAUGGCGACAAGUAUGAGUGACUUGAAAUUGUAGCUGGAGCUGGGCGCGUUCACUCGGCGCCACUUUAUUGGACUUUGAGGGAGGAUGCGGAAAGAGACAGUGUUGACAGUAUGUACAUGGGGCAAUAGCUUUUCAUGUGAAAAGUGUUGUAAUAUGGUCCCUUUUUUUUCUUUUUCCUUUCUUCUCUCAAUUCACUGCUUUGUUCUUUCACCGGGGCUUGAAAACCUUGGCAUGUUUUUUGUUUUGUCAAAUUUGAGAGCAUCAUUCUAGUGAUUAUUUUCCGAUGCAACCAUUUUAUCGUAAAUGUUUUGUCUCCUGAAUGUUCACCAUGUUUGCAUGCAUGUACAACUGAAACAAACCUUUAUUUUUCUGUUAGUUUAACCACAGAACCACUAUUUUAUUAAAUAAAUGCUCAAUAAAAAUGUUGUAACAAAUACU